GUUUUUCUGAUUCAGAAUUGUCAAAUGAGGAAGUAAGGCAACAACUUCAUGAUGCUUUGCAGGAAGUAGAAGUACUACGAAUUGAGCUUGAAGCAUCACAAAAACAACUUGAGGGGAAAAGGGAAGCACUUAAAAUUCUCCAAAAUAUGGCAAUAUUUGGUAGAGCUACUAGACAUACCAAAGAAAUACUUCAAAAAUCAGAAGAACAGAAAAAAUCUUUGGAAAAGGAAAUAAAUACCCUGCAAUGGGAAAUUGAAUUUGAUCAUGAUAGAUUUAAAACUAUAGAGGAAUCUUGGGCCCAAAAAUAUGACAGAAUAUACUGUGAAAAUUCAAUCCUUAAGGAAACUUUGAAAUUAAGAACAGAAGAAGUUAAAAGGCUUAAGUCUGAAAAUGCAA